GCAAUGGGAGACCAUGACCCACAAACCCCUGCCACCAAGCAAGAUAUUGCCAACCUCCUAAGGGAACUUAGACAAAUGACAGCGGCCGACCUGGGUGCAGACCGCACCGAGGUGCAGGCGGUUAGUGCACGCACGCAGACUACGGUAACCGAG